CUGCUUUUCAAAGAUAAACAUAAGCUUCCCCAUCUCAUAUAAAUACCCUGACUGGCACACACUGGCACCACACCAUGCAUAGUUAACUCAGUGCUUCAACAAAACCUAGUGUCCGUGCAUGCAAUAUGGCUGCGUUUCCGACGACACUCUCAAUUCUGUGUCUUAUCUCAGCGCUCUGCAUUGCUGAAUUCGGCGCAAGCUUGUCCGACGGUAGCGCGAAACCUGCCGUUACUACCAAACUGUUGAACUUGAAGAAUCCAAACGGUUUCUCUCAGUCUCCGAAAAUCAAGAAGUCGCCCUUCGACUUGGACUUCCUGCGAAACUGCAUCCGACAGGGGGACACCGCUGUGUCCUGUACCCGGAGACACCUACGCUAUGUCCCCCGCGGGAUACCUGCAACCACCACAAGGCUCAACCUGACGGACAACCUGUUUCAAGUUUUAGGCCCAAAGACGUUCCCACAACUCUACAAGCUGGAAAUCCUGGACCUGAGCAAAAAUCUCAUCAGCUCCAUUCAGUCAGGGAGUUUCAGAAACACCUACAACCUGACGAAACUCUAUCUCAACCACAACAACAUUUCCGCCAUUCUGAAAGGUGCGUUCGACGGCCUGGUACGGUUAGAAUAUCUCGAACUGGCCUUCACUCGCCUCUCCAAUCUCAACAGCGUAGAGUUCCUCACCCCCAAUCUAAAAUCACUCAACUUCACCUCGUUUGCGGGAAACGGGGUCACUCGCUGCAAACUCGGGAACGAGUUCAGACAUUUGAAACAAUUAGCCCACUUAGACCUGGCUUACAACAACAUUGCCGACCUUGAACACGACUGCUUUGCGGCACUGGACGAGUCGCGCGUCCAAGCGCUAGAUCUGUCCUUCAAUAAAAUCCAGGCUAUCAGGCACCCAGUGUUCUGGCCUUUCCGUAACCUAGCCUACUUGUUUCUUGACGGAAACAGACUUGACAUGAAAACGUUGAACACGACUUUUGACAACCUGAAAAGCAUUGAGACCACGUCCUUGCAUCUUUCCCUCUCUAACAGCACGUUUCUGACUGGAGUAAAAACUCCUUCGAACACCACAUUUGCACGCUUGGCCAACCUCUCAAUCACCCAGCUGGACUUGUCUCAUGUAGGGCUGCAAUUCUUACCAGAAUCGGGUUUGUUCUCUUUCUUCCCCCGGCUUGAAAGUCUGAUCCUAGUCGGAAAUAACAUCACAGCUUUACCUCCGAAGGCGUUUAGUGGGUUGGGAUUGGUCUCGCUAAAGAGGCUCUAUCUCGGCCGCAAUAACCUUAACGCAAUGUUGGAUCAGGUAGAAACUAGCCGCCCGUUCACCAACCUCACGUCUCUAGACGUGCUAGAUCUGUCGCAAAACAACUUCGAAUCGUUGACGGCGCUGCCCUUCGAAAAUCUCCACAAUCUGACCCGAUUAGACCUCUCUUUCAACCGGAUUCCGAGAAUCCCAAACAGGCUGUUCAAAUACCUGCCGAAGCUGCGAGCCCUUGAGCUAAAUUCUAACCGCCAACUUGGAAAAUUGCCAAAGGCCGGGUUCGGCUUCUUGCAAAAUCUUGACAACUUGAACUUGGAAGACAACCCCCUGCAGUGUACCUGUGAAGAAGAGUGGUUUUACGAUUGGGUGGUGAGUAAUCGGACCAAGACUCUCUUUUACAACUUGUCCAACUACGGCUGCGUGGCGCCAGAACGGCUCGUGCACAAGACUAUCCUAGACUUCGACCCUGAAGCGCAGGGGUGCCACGACAAGACGGGCAUUCGCGUGGCGAUCUCCUUUGCCGUUCUCCUUGUGGUCUUCCUCCUGGGCGUGUUUGUGGGCUACAAGAACCGCUGGUACAUCAAGUACGGCUGCUUCGUCAUCAAGGCGCGCUUCCACGGCUACCAGGCUCUGAGAGACUCCAACACGCAGAAGAAGUUCGACGCCUUCGUGUCCUACAACCACCACGACCGCGCCUGGGUGAUGGACGAGCUGGUGCCGCACUUGGAAGAGGAAGAGGGGAGCGAGUUCCGACUCUGCCUGGACUAUCGCGACUUUGUCGGCGGAGCCCCGAUCACCGACAACAUCGUGAACGCCAUCUACGACAGUCGCAAGACCAUCUGCCUGGUGACGGAAGAGUUCCUGAAGAGCGAGUGGUGUGAGAUGGAAGUGCAGAUGGCGACCUACCGACUGUUCGAUGAACAGGUAGAUGUGUUGAUCCUGGUGUUUCUGGAGGACAUCCCUGACCGCGCCCUGCACCGUUACCACCGCCUGCGCCGCCUCAUGUGCAAGCGCACCUACCUGGAGUGGCCCAAGGAUCCGCAGGGGAAGGCACUGUUCUGGCAACGUCUGAAGGACGCACUGAAGACCGGGGACAGGCCGCCUAUUGAGAACAUCAUUUGAAAAGUCCUAGGAUGGUUAUCUCCAAGUAGAUAUUUCGGUGGCUGCAAAGACAGUAUCAAUUGGCCGGAUACCACGCUUUUGCCGCCAGACAUUUACUGAAAGAUUAUUAUAAUGGCAUCCAGGCCAACUGAACUAUCAUAUCAUAGGCUUACGCCAAUGUUUUCAGUUUCUUCUUUGUUUGUUUGCUGUUUAUUUCGCAUAACUGCCUCUAGGGUUGAUACGUUCUUAGGAAAUGUUGGUGUUCUCUAUUAUUACAUUAUGUCACGUAGCAACUGAUUUACAGGUUUUGGUUCAUGUGUUUUUGAAGUGAAGUGUUAGUGGUGUGUUUUUGAAAAUGCAAUAAGGAAAAUAAAUGUACACAAUAGUUGACUGUUAAUAGCAUUCUGAUUGUCAUUUGUGUAAAUGACAUGCGAAUUUGCAAAUGUAUGUCUAAUCAUGUUUACUAUCAAAUUUACUAUUAAAAUAAAAACAAAUAUCUGAAUUAACUAUACUACACAUGU